AUGUUCCAACGAGAGCUGCGCGUGCCGAUCGGGAAAGGAGCCAGGCAGGGUGACACGAUAUCUCUUGAACUAAUCACCACCGCAUUGAACCACGCGUUGCUGCAAUUGGACUAUGGCGAUAAAAACAUCAACAUCGGGGGCAAGAAAUUAUCCAACUUGCGCUUCGCAGACGAUAUCGUCUUCAUCAGCCAAAAUCGAGAGGAGCUGCAGCAGUUGGUGAAGGAGUCGGACGGCGUCAGCGAAGCCAUUGGUCUCACGAUGAACAGGAGCAAGGCAAUGGUCACGCGAAACGAAUAG